GUCCCGUUGUCCCGACAAAAGUUAUACGGGACGCAUUUUGUCCCGUAUUUUCAAGUAGGUCCCGUAUUAUUCCCGUUUUUCUCUUUAUUGUUAAUUUAUAAUUUUAUAAUUUUUUUUUUUUUUAUUCUACGAUAUUUUUGUAUCACAAUAUUCAAUAAAACAUCUAAUCUAUACUUAUCAGAAUUAUUUUUAGAUUCUUGUCUUAACAAUAAAUUAUUAUAAUUGCUGCGAGUUGAAAAUAGAGAACUAAUAAUGUCACAUUAUUAUCGACACGUUAAACCGACGAUUAUAAAUACUAAUGAUAUAACGAUAACGUACAAAAUGUUAUUAAUAUUAUUAUAUUGAUGUGUGACGUCGUCUACUAAAUAAGUACAAUUCCAUUCACCACAACCAGUUUGUUGUCAAAUAUAAUGUCUAUUUUUAUUUUAUAAUAUCUAUGUAAAAUUAUAAAUAUAAUUUGUUAUUAAUAUUUAUACGUGAGUGUCGAGUUCACGAUGACAUUCACAGUGUAGUCGUAGUCGUAGUGACGUAUUGACGUGUCACGUGUAGUUUAUUAAGCUUAUUUAAAAUUCAGUGUACCAUAAUACCUAAUUUGUUUUUUAAAAUGCCCAAAAGACGGUGCGUUUUUACUCCACAAUUAAAAUUAGAAUUUCCUUUUUUACAAGAUGCUGACGAAGUAGGAAAAAUAUUUUGUACCAUAUGUAAGUCAGUGUUUUCUAUAGAACAUGGUGGACGUUCAGACAUAACACAACAUGUUACAAAAGUAAAAAAACAUUUACUGGCAUUAUCAGCUGCAUCAAAACACGAAAAGGUAACUUCUUUUUUUUUAAAAAAUGAUCCGAGUGGGUCCACUGACGAAAGUAGACGUACUGCAGCACAAGAAGGGAUAUUCGCAUUUCAUACCGUGAUACACAAUCACUCAUUUCGAUCAAUGGACUGCACAUCAUCUCUUUUAAAACAAAUGUAUAAUAAAAAAUUUACAUGUGCGAGAACUAAGGCUGAAUCGAUUGUUUUAAAUGUGUUAGCUCCUUUCGCCAUGCAACAAAUUUAUAAGGAAAUAGAAAAUAUAAAUUUUGCUACAAUUAUGAUAGAUACUUCUAACCAUAAGAACCUAAAAAUCGUACCAAUUUUAAUACGUUAUUUCAAACCAAAUUCGGGAAUACAAAUCAAAGUUUUUGAAGUAACAAAUUUAAAAGGAGAAACAGCAAAUAUUUUAUCAACUUAUAUAAUUGAAAGUUUAAAAAAGCAUAAGUUGUCAGAUAAAAUUGUUGCAUUUUCUGGAGAUAAUUGCAAUACUACUACCCCCACCCCAACCAAAAACAAAAAUCAAACUCCCCCACUAAACACGACCGAUGUUGAAUAUUUUUGGAUUCGAGUUGAACAUUUGAAAGAGUUUUGUGAAUAUGCAAAUGUUGAAUAUAAAAAUAUUCUUGGAAGUGUAAAAACUCGUUGGUUAUCCUUAUUACCUGCAAUAACAAGAAUUAUUGAUAUUUACCCGGGCUUUAAAAUCAUACUUCGAGAAAACAGGAAAAGUGUCCUACAAUAUUAA